AUGAUCAUCGCUGUUGUCGGAGCUCUUGCACAAGCAGCCUGCAUGGGAGAAAUGGCGUCAAUGAUUCCAGUCGCCGGCGCGCAAUAUCAUUGGACAUGGCACAUGGCACCAAAGAGCAUCAAGAUGUUCGCAACCUGGGUUCAGGGCUGGACAACAUGGUUCGGCUACAUAGCACUCCAGGCGGCUCUCGCCAACAUCUUGGUCGUGCAGUUGGAGUCGCUGAUCUCUCUUAACUCGACAACAUAUGUCGCUGGGGGAUGGAAGACAUCGGUCUUGGUCAUUGCAUGUGCGACCUUCCAGGGUCUCAUUAACGUCUAUGCCUUCAAGGUAAUCCCGUGGCUUGAGAUGAUUUCGAGCAUAUUGCAUGUCGGGCUGUUCCUCCUUGUCCUUGUUGUGUUUGUGGUGAUGGCACCAGCACACGACGCAAGCUUCUUAUUGGAACCAAUGGUCGCUUCGGGAUGGGAUCAAAAUCCAUAUAUAUCAUGGCACUUGGGCAUGCUGACAUGCAUAUUCAGCAUCACAGGGAUCGAUGGAGUCAUACACAUGUCUGAAGAGACUCGAAGGGCAAGAUCUGCAGUCCCUCGAGCCAUGGUCUGGUCGAUUGCCAUCAAUGGAUCGCUCGCCAUUAUCAUGGCUGGAAUAAUACUCAUCUAUCUGGGCGACGUAGAUGUUACUCUGGGAUCUCCCAACCCUUUCGCCACCAUCAUGCUCAAUAUUACGGAAUCCAGAGCUGCCACUACAGCGAUCAUAUGCGGAUUCUUUCUAUUGGGCUUCAACAGUAGCUUGACCACCAUCAGCUCUGUAUCUCGUCUGACCUGGGCCUGGUCUCGAGAUGGUGGCCUUCCGGCAUAUUUCACCUAUCUCGACCCGAAGCAUCGAAUCUCCGUUAGCUCGGGCGUCAUAGCGUUCAGUGCCAUAACAUCCCUAUCAUCAUUCGUUUUCUUCUUCAGCUACUCGGUUGCUUUUGCCUGUCUUCUAUACUCUCGUCUGGCGGAGAAUAUCAACAUGGGCGAGUGGAACAUGGGAAACUGGGGAAUCCCAGUGAACAUAUUUGCUCUGAUCUACAACCUCUAUAUCAUGGUGUUCCUGCCUUUCCCAUCGGUGCUGCCCGUUACGGCCAGCGGAAUGAACUACAUGGGACCAGUCUUUGGAUUUGUUUUGAUCGUUGUCAUUGCAUGGUGGUUCCUGUACGGCAGAAGCCGCUGGUACGGAGCGAACUUGACGAUCAUGGAAUACGUCAUGACUCACUCCUAA